UUAACUUCAGACUUUGAGGUGGGCUCUGAGGACCUAAGUGGAAUGUUUCUCUCUCCAGCACUCCUCAGUGCACAGGGAAUGAUGCUGUCUGGUACAAGCUCACACCACUAGCUGCCUGCUUUUUAUACGUGCAUGCUGCAGACAGAGGAGUUUACAUUUUGCAAUACUACACUAAAGACUGGAAUAUACACUACCCUCUCUCUAAUCAUACUGGAUUGUUUUCUCUGCACUGAUCUUCCAGGAAACCUGUAUGAAGGCCAUCUCACAAGGGAUUUUUUUGGGAAAGCGAACUAGCACACUUGGUUUUUUGAAUAGCUGUUCCUGAUCUUUUUCUUCCACUUUUUUUUUUCGCAAUCAAGUCUUCAAGUUUGGCUUGGAAAACUUGAUGUUUUCACAACGGGUGUGAACCUUUCUGGAUGUGACUACUGUACAGAAAGCAUUCAUGGUUGAGUUUGCACAGGAAAUACAAAAAGAAAGCAUGUACCUACACUGAAUGCACUAUUUAUUUAAGCCUUUACAUUAUGAAUAAUGCCCUUGGUGUGGAGUUAUUUUACUGGUGUUGCUGAGGAGCAUUUGUAAAUGGAAAGCCAAAUUCUGGCAUGAAAAUUAAGGCAGCCAAAGGGGAUUAUAAAGAAACCAUUAAUUUGGCAUUAGAGGAAAUAUCACAUGAUCAUAGGAAACUGAAGCCAGUUAAACACACGAUUUGGUGUCGGUAGUAAACGUUUGCUGUGAUGUGGACAAGAGAUAGUGGAAUACAUUGCCUUCUUCAACAAGUUAGGACUGUUUGAAUAAACACUGUGAAAGAGAAACUGCUAAAUGAGAUAACCCAGACCUUGCUAUUCUGUGAACACAAGGCCUUUAAAACACUUGUCCAGUGGGAGAACUCAAGGGAAGAUCGGCUCACACUUCAGACCAUCAGAUUGAAGCCUUCAUCCUUCAUGACCAUGAGUGCUGACACCUGGAAUUUUCUUGUAGCCUGGACUCAAUUGUUGUUGCUCCUCCGAAUGGCGCCACAAAAUGUCAGUGCCAAAUCCUGCCCUUCGCUAUGCCGAUGUGAUGGAGGCUUCAUUUAUUGCAAUGAUAGGGACUUGACGUCUAUUCCUUCGGGGAUACCAGAGGAUGCUACAACUCUUUAUCUUCAAAAUAAUCAGAUCAACAAUGCUGGUAUACCUUCUGAUUUAAAAGGCUUGGAUAAAGUAGAGAGAAUCUAUUUGUAUCGGAACAGUAUAGACGAAUUUCCAAUUAACCUCCCAAAAAAUGUUAAAGAACUGCACUUGCAGGAAAACAAUAUACGGACAAUUACAUAUGAUGCACUUUCACAGAUUCCUUCCAUUGAAGAGCUGCAUCUAGAUGAUAAUUCUGUCUCUGCAGUUAGCAUUGAGGAUGGUGCUUUCCGAGACAACAUCUAUCUCCGUCUUCUCUUCCUUUCACGAAAUCACCUAAGCACAAUACCCUGGGGUUUGCCUAGAACGAUUGAAGAGUUGCGUUUGGAUGAUAAUCGUAUUUCCACUAUUGCAGAGAUCUCUUUGCAGGACCUCACAAAUCUAAAGCGUCUUGUUUUGGAUGGAAAUCUUUUAAACAAUAAUGGCCUUGGGGAGAGAGUCUUUAUGAACUUGAUCAAUCUGACAGAACUCUCAUUAGUUCGAAAUUCACUGACAUCUCCUCCUGCAAACUUGCCAGGCACAAACCUGAGAAAGCUUUACCUACAGGAGAAUCAUAUGAACUAUGUGCCUCCAAAUGCUUUUGCUGACCUAACCCAACUUUAUCGACUUGAUAUGUCAAGUAAUAAUAUAACGUCGUUACCCCAGGGUAUUUUUGAUGACUUGGAUAAUUUGACACAGUUGUUCCUACGAAACAAUCCUUGGUAUUGCGGUUGCAAAAUGAAAUGGGUUCGUGACUGGCUGCAGUCUUUGCCUUCCAAAGUUAAUGUCCGUGGGCUGAUGUGCCAGGCACCGGAGCGUGUAAGGGGAAUGACCAUCAAAGACCUUAACAAAGAAUUGUUUGAUUGUAGAGACAAUAGUAAUACAAAUACAAUUCUUUUUACAACAACAACUAUGUUAAACACUUUACUUCCAGCACAAGGACAGCGGCCAAUGUCUGUGACUAAACAGCCAGAGAUAAAACCACCAGAUCUCAACAAAAUCUACAGAACCACUCCGAUACCAGUGAGGAAAAUUAUCACAAUUAAUGUGAAAUCUGUCACGGUUGAAACCAUACAUAUUUCUUGGAAAAUUGCAUUACCAAUGAAGUCACUGAGACUAAGCUGGCAGUUAGGGCAUAGCCCAGUUUUUGGAUCUAUAACGGAAACUAUUGUGACAGGUGACAGAACGGAAUACUUGCUUACAGCACUAGAGCCAGAGUCCCCAUACCGUAUAUGUAUGGUUCCCAUGGAAACCGGUAACUUCUUCUUAUUUGAUGAAACUCCAGUGUGCAUCGAAACAGAGACUGCUCCACUUAAAAUGUACAACCCGACCACAACACUAAAUCGAGAGCAGGAGAAGGAGCCUUAUAAAAACUCUAGUUUGCCCCUAGCAGCCAUCAUCGGUGGAGCGGUGGCACUGGUGGCAAUCACACUUCUUGCUUUGGUUUGUUGGUAUGUACAUCGGAAUGGAUCCCUCUUUUCCAGGAACUGUGCCUACAGCAAGGGCCGUAGAAGAAAAGAUGACUAUGCAGAGGCGGGGACUAAGAAGGACAACUCCAUUUUAGAAAUCAGGGAGACCUCUUUUCAGAUGAUACCAAUAAACAAUGAGCCAAUGUCCAAGGAGGAGUUUAUAUUACACACAAUAUUUCCAUCCAAUGGAGUGAGCUUGUACAAAACCAGCCAUAGUGAAAGCAGCAGUAACAGAAGUUACAGAGACAGUGGUAUACCAGAUUCUGACCAUUCACAUUCAUGAUGCUUAAGGGCACAAGACUUUUUAUAGGAACUGAAAUAAGUGAAUGGGAUUCACUGUUGUACUGCAAAACACUGGAUUAAUAAAAACAAAGACAAAACAAAAAAAACAUUUGAAGGAGCAAUGUACUGUACAUUUGCCAUAUAAUUUAUAUUUAAGAACUUUUUAUUAAAAGUUUCAAAAUUUCAGGUUGCUGCUACGAUUAAGUGUAGUUUGUCGCCUGACCACAAUUCUCUAUUUUAGUAUUUUUUGUAAUUUGUACUGUAUUUUCCUUGCUAAUAUUGAAAGUUACAGACCAUUUAACUCUUUUUUUCGUGUUCUACUGAGUAAAAUGACUUGUUGACUGUGAAAGUGAAUUUUUUUUGCUGUGUUGAACAAUCAGGAUUUUUUUUCCUAAUUUUUUCCCCAGAUCUUUGUAUUAUAAGCACAGGCCAUUUUUUGCAUUUCAUUUUGAAAUAUGGUAUAAAUAAGAUUUAGCUACAAAAAUAGGAAAUAAUCCAAACAACAGUAUUUUGUUGGGUCUGUAAAACAAAAAGUACUGUACACAAUGAAACUCAAUAAACAAAAACAAACCCCAAUGUGUGUAGUAAUGGGCAUUAUAGGUUGUUUAUAAGAACUACAUAACAAGUUUAUAAAAACAUUGGUUAUGGUUCUAUGGCACAAAUAACUACUCCUUAUUUUUUUUGUUGAUUUACAAGUUCAAGUAAUUAUACUUCCAGUGCAAACUGGUCUUUAAGAGUCAUACAGGUCUCUGAAAUAUUGAAAUUGUUUCUGAAAUAUUCCAAAUAAAAUAUUAACAUCUGUCCAUGGUCCUCGAUAACCUUUUUGCCUCCUAGUACUUAUUUUGUAAGCAUGUAGAAUAACCUGAAGCUAUAAACUAAAACAAACGACAAUAUCGUUUGUAAAGUGCUGCAUAAUAUAUAGGUGCUAAAUAUAAAUAAAGUAAUACAUCAUAAAUAAAUCCAACAGCAUAUGUAUAAGCUAUAUAUUUUUCAUAAAAUACACCUAAAAGUAUGUGAAAUUUAAAUGAAAUUAAAUGAAAUUAAAUGAAAUGAAAUUUAAAGGAGGCUAAAAAUAAUUAAACAAAACAACUUAGAAAUAAAUUAAAUUUACCAAAAUGUUAAUUUGAUCAACAUAGAAAAACUGUCCGUUUAUACGUUUUUAAACUUACAUUUAUUAUAUAAAAAUGUAGGCUAACUACCGCUCCCAAGACAGCAAAUUUUUUUCACGCAAACCUGUCUGUCAUAGUGCCCAUUACUACAUAACUGCAUAUAUUGUGUUAAAAAAAAUGUACCAUGUUAAUUUGACCUUCUGUUAAGUUAAUAUUUAAACAAAAUACACUUUUGUUGCCAUACACCCCCCCCUUCUAUAUAUUUUUUUAUAUAAAUGCCAAAAAGCCCUUUGGCAUUAUUUGUAUGUGCCUUGAUCCAAUGCUACACGUAUUCAGCUUUGUUUUUUGUUUUUCUUUUCGGUGAAAACUUUUUCAUACUUGCGAUAUAAGAGAAACAUUGACCUUAUCGCUGAAUAAAAUGAAGAAAAUCACAA